AUGGAUACCAAUUCUCGGAUAGUUAAACCCGAAAAACAAAAGUUGGAUGGAGGAGAAGAGAUUGAAGGAGGCAGCAAGAGUUUUGGCUAUUUACCUGAGGAACUUAUUAAAUACAUUCUGUCCUUGCUUCCAACAGAAGAUCUUAUCAAAACAAGCGUUUUGUGUAAAAAGUGGGAGUACCUAUGGACAUCGUUUUCCAAGUUUAGUUUUGUUCAAGGGUCGUCUGAUGAUAAUAGAUCUUCUUUCUUGAAAGCUGUGGAUAGAGCACUUAUUCUUCGGGAUGCAGAUAUAGAACAGUUCAGUCUUUCGUUUACAGUGAAGAAGGGUGAUGCAUCUCGUGUUAGUUCGUGGACUUCUGGCUUAGUCUGGCGCAACGUUGAAAAGCUUUCUCUUGCUCUUGAUGGGGCUAGGUCAACAUUUUCGUUGGCUCCGUGUUUAUUUACUUGUGCGACACUGAGGGACUUAGAACUAUAUAUCCCUAGUAAAUUGAAAGUUCCUGCUACUGUUUGUUUCCCAUGUCUAAGGAGAUUGUCUCUGAACUCUGUGGUGUUUACUGAUGACUAUUAA